UCUAAUUACUCCUGCUCUUUGAGGAAGUUCUUUUUCGUCCCCUGGCGGCUGAGUGAUGUACUGCACCGAUUUUCGGUAAAGUGGGAUGAAGAAGAGGAAGUAAGCAGCACGACAUCAGUCCUCAAAACUAGAUAAAAACAUUCGUAUAGUCAUAUACUCAGUGUGCGCUGUUGAACCCUGCGUGGACUUGGAGUUGUAAGCCGUAUACAUUGUCUGGCAAUCUGAUGCUGCUGGCCUACUUUUUUCUCUGAUUUACAUUUCCUGUCUUUAGUGAUGUCUAGGAAAACAUGGCCUCCUGGUACUCACUGUGUCGCCAAAAGUGACAACACAAAACCUAAACCCAAUGAAAUCUUCUAUCGCAAAGGAGACAUCCUUACCAUUUUAGAUUUGGAGUUGUUAAUGGGGAAAGACAUCUACCGAGCUAAGCACAACAGAACAGGAGAAGAAGGUGUGAUCUUUGCUUCAAACAUGCGGGAACGUGAAGCUCUCCGUGUAGACCCCAGCCUCAGCCUCAUGCCAUGGUUCCAUGGGAAGAUCUCAGGUCCCGAUGCUGUCGGCAAACUGCGCCCGAUGGAAGAUGGCCUGUUUCUGGUGCGUGAGUCCAUUCGGCAUCCCGGUGACUACGUCUUGUGCGUAAGCUAUAAGCAAGAGGUUCUUCAUUACCAUGUCAUCUACCAGGAAUCUAAGCUAACAAUUGACAAGACACAGUACUUCUACAACCUCAUCGACAUGGUGGAGUUCUACUCGAAGAACAAAGGCAUUAUUGCUACCACACUGCAAAAGCCCAAAGAAAAAGAGGGCACCAAGUCAGCUGCACUGCAGUUAUCCAAAACGGGGUGGCUAUUAGAUCUAUCAAAGCUAACUUUGGGAGAAAAUAUUGGAUGUGGCGAGUUUGGAGAUGUGUUUCAGGGUGAAUACAUGGGCAGGAAAGUGGCAGUAAAAAACAUAAAGUCUGAUGUUACUGCGCAAGCUUUUUUGGACGAGACAUCCGUUAUGACAAAACUGCAGCAUAAGAAUCUGGUGCAGUUAUUAGGAGUGAUUCUACACAAUGGCCUAUACAUCAUCACAGAAUUUAUGGCAAAGGGGAAUCUGGUGAAUUACGUGCGAUCAAGAGGACGCUCAGCUAUCAAAACAGUUGAACUUCUGAAAUAUGCUCUAGAUGUGUGUGAAGGGAUGGAAUAUCUUGAGUCAAAGAAACUUGUACACCGAGACCUGGCUGCCCGCAAUAUCCUUAUAUCUGAGGACAGUGUUGCCAAGAUCAGUGAUUUUGGCCUGGCCAUGGCUGACUGUCAGAACAUUGACAUUGCAAAGUUGCCUGUGAAAUGGACUGCACCUGAGGCCUUAAACAAUAAGAAGUUCUCUACGCGAUCGGAUGUUUGGAGUUAUGGUGUGCUUCUAUGGGAAACUUUCUCCUUUGGUAGACAGCCCUACCCCAAGAUGACUUUAAAGGAGGUGAAGGAGAAGGUGGAAGAGGGAUACCGCAUGGAGCCACCUGAGGACUGCCCAUCUGACAUCUAUGCCAUUAUGAGGAUCUGCUGGGAGAAGGACCCUAAAAUGAGACCAUCGUUCCAUAAGCUUAAAGAGCGUUUACAGGCUGAGCUGCAUAAACAAGAGUCUGCCAAAGAGUCCUGACUUUGUUUUCCAGAUUUGCACUCCUGCUGUCUUCAUGGCAAACCAGACAUUUUAUUCAAAAUAAUUACACUAUACUGUAUUUGACACAGUAACACCGGUUUCUGCUGUAAACCUGUUCACCAAGAUUUGACAUGGAAUGUACUCUCUAUACUUCACAUGCUAAUUUAUUUUUAUUUAUCUAACACUUUAUUUUAAUGGAGCAUUCCAAAUGGAUAUAUCACGUGCUUAAACUAAGAUGCACACCUUAAAGCAAAGGGUAGAAUGAAGCACUUAUUUAUGUUUUGAAAGAUGCCAGACCUGAAAAGACAGCAUAAAAUGUUGCAGUGUACUGUUGAUCUAUGGUAAGAUUGUGACCCAAAGCUCAGUUCAGAGGCUCUCAUUAAGCUGCAAAUGAAAAAAAUUGUGGAACGAUCCCUCUUGAAUCUACACAUCAAGUCUCAAGGCUACAUUUUGGUCUGUUGCAUUUUUGAGAAUAUCCCUAAAAUUAUGAAUUUGCCUUUCUGAGGAUAAAUGUAAACAGUAGAAAUGUAGGAGGAGGGACUCUUCUGGGAUUAAAGUUAAAGAUCACAA